AUGGAAAACAUUAACUGGGUGGACAAUCACACUGGACAGUCUGAUUUCAUCCUGGUGGGAAUCUUCAGUCAAUCCAAACACCCAGCUCUCCUUUGCGUGGUCAUUUUUAUAGUUUUCCUGAUGGCCUUGUCUGGAAACACAAUCCUGAUCCUUCUGAUACGCUCUGAUGCCCACCUCCACACCCCCAUGUACUUUUUCAUCAGCCAGUUGUCUCUCAUGGACGUGACAUACAUUUCCGUCACUGUGCCCAAGAUGCUCGUGGACCAGGUCACGGGUGUGAACACCAUCUCAGCCCCUGGAUGUGGGGUGCAGAUGUUCCUCUAUGCUACACUUGCUGGCUCAGAAUUUUUUAUUCUAGCUUCUAUGGCCUAUGACCGCUAUGCAGCCAUCUGUCUUCCUCUUCGUUACCCUGUCCUCAUGAACCACAGGGUGUGCAUUCUCCUUGCAUUGGGCUGCUGGUUUCUGGCAUCUCUAGAUGGAUUUAUACUCACUCCCAUCACCAUGACCUUCCCCUUCUGCAGAUCCCGGGAGAUCCAUCAUUUCUUCUGUGAGGUCCCUGCUGUGAUGAAGCUCUCCUGCUCAGACACCUCCAUCUAUGAGACACUCAUGUACCUCUGCUGCGUCCUCAUGCUGCUCAUCCCUGUGACAGUCAUUUCAGGAUCCUAUGGUUUCAUCCUCCUCACCAUCCUCAGGAUGAACUCAGCAGAGGGUCGGAAGAAGGCCUUUGCCACCUGCUCCUCCCACAUGACUGUGGUCACCCUCUUCUAUGGGGCUGCCAUCUACACCUACAUGCUCCCCAACUCCUACCACACCCCUGAGAAAGACAUGGUGGUGUCUGUCUUUUACACCAUACUCACUCCUGUGCUAAACCCACUAAUCUAUAGUCUCAGAAAUAAGGAAGUCAUGGCAGCUCUGAAGAAGUUGUUGAAUGUGCGACCUGCCUUUCAAGAAACUAUAAAGUAG